AUGAAGUUGCCGUUACGAUUUGCCGCAUCGAUCCUACUGGUAUCUAUCGGAGCUACCAACGGCUGGCCCUAUCAUGGGAUCGUGGGCGUCGGACAAUCGGUAUACGUUGCACCAGUUUACGGAGUCGCAGCACCUGCGGUGAGCCUGUUGCCAACGGAGCCGGUCAAGGAGGUGCGAACCGUCGUUGCUGGACCGGUGACAGGGACUACGAUCGUCGAGGGAUCCUCCUCUGGUCCCGUGACAAUUGUAUCGCCUGGAACGCUGACCAAGAUCCAUGAAACUGCUCAGACUACUACCACCGCAGCGCCUCCGAAGGAUUCGGUGCUCAUUAAAGGGGCUACAGCAGGCCCGGUGACGUUGGUAGCGCCGUCUGCUAGUUCCAUAGCUGUCGCAGACACCGAAAAUGCAGUGUCAGCUAGAGCAGAGACAAAGAAAGGAGUCGUUGCUGCAUCAGCGUCAGCAGAGGCGACUGUUGCGAUCGAAAACGCAGAAGAAUCAUUGGAAGCGACCGCGAACGCGACGACUAUUACCGAGACAAUUGGCGUAGCGUCUGCUAAGGCUGUUAUAGGUCCCUCCACCGGACCCAUAAUCAUCGCUGGACCAACUGCUCCGCCGAUACCGGUCGCUGUUGCUGCCACGACAGCCGAACCUGCGACUGUUGCUGCCUCCGCUGCAACCAGUUCUGUCAGUGUGGCGUCCACUGCAGUCGCCAAUGCGUCGGUUUCUAGCACGGUAACCGUGGAACGAACGAGUGAUGGAUCUGCUCUUUUAACAGACGCAACAGAGUCAACCAGGAUCGAGGGUUCGGCGUCUAGCUCGAGCUCGGCAGCUUCCGCGUCGGCGAGGGUUAAUUUGAUUACGCCAGCGAUCGCAGUGGCCAGCGCACCCUUAAGUAACGUCGUCGUAUCAGCAGCAGCGGCCCCGCCUGCGCUGGUUUCCGGUCCCUCUGGGACCAUUUCCGCCGGAACCGCUGCCUCGUUGCUGUUGAAAGCGCCGUUGUACACAUUGUAA